GACCCGGAAGUGCUCACCAUCCCGGAAGUUUACCCCCUGGCCUGACCGAGAGCGAAAAGAAGCGAUGGCGGGGGAGAUUUCAACGGAGCUUCUUUUUCUAGAUACGUUUAAACACCAGAGUGCAGAGCUUACCAACGUGGAUGUGGUGCGGUUUCCUUGCGGGGUGCUGAUCACCGAGGUGCGGGUCAUUCCUCCAGGGAUUAAAGCUCACAGCAACUUACCUGACAGCAGAGCGUUUGGGGAGACGUCUCCUCAUGCCUUCCAGCUGGAGCUGUUCUUCAAUAAUGUCACCAAACCCAACAACCCCACCUUCAACAGACUGGGCAGUCUGGAGUAUGAUGAGAACAAGUCCAUUGUGUUCAGACCCAGCGGAAAGGUGAACACAGAUGGCCUGGUGCUGCGUGGCUGGUACACCAGUCUGACUGUGGCAGUGUACGGUACAGCAGAGCGCCCACAUGGACACGACCAAGGCUCGCCCCCUCCUCCACCACCCCCACCCCCCCAACAGCCGAGCGGGCCCAAGAGGAUCAUUAAACAAGAGUGGGAAAAAGACGACCAAUACAAUGGUAGCCCACCCAGACCCGCACCCAGAGGGCCUCGUACUCCACCUGGACCUCCACCUCCAGAUGACGAUGAUGAGGAGCAGGUUCAAGUGACGGUGGGCGUAGUCAAAGAUGAGCCAAGCGCAGGACGUGACGACUACCUCGAGGCUGUGUCCCCGGAGCGAUCCCUGCCUGCCGAGGAGACGUAUUCGGAUGCCGAGCAAGAGGAGGAAGGCGAUGAGGAAGAAGAGGAGGAGCAGGAGGAGGAAGAGGAUGCCCGGACAGAGGGAAGUGCGCCAGAGGAGGAGGAAGAAGAGGAGGAAGAUGAGGGUGAUGAUGGUUAUGAGCAAAUAUCCAGUGACGAAGACGAUCUGGAUAAUGGUAGCUUCAAGUUGGCCACCUUUGACAUGGACUACACUCCUGAGGACCUGGCAUCUGUCCCACCGGUCCAGUAUGACCCAUAUGAGAGAGAACUCAGACCCCUGCUCUACUUCACUCCACCUUACAAGACUCGCUUCGAUACCCAGUUUGAAAAGGCCAGUGUGGAGGAGCCCAUGGAUGAUGGUGAUGCAAAAGGAACAGCAUGUGUAGAGGAAGCUGAGGCUGUUGCCCAACUGAAAGAACUACUAACUAGCAUUGGCGAUGACAGAGACACUCACUGGGUCACAGCUCUGGAAGAGGCACCUGGUCUGCUGGCUAAAGGGUUGGCGUAUUUAAUCAAACAGGGAGACAGUGAGGUGGAGGAUCCUGUUAGAGUCUUAGUCAAGUGGGCUCUACAAGCUCUGAGCAUGGAGAUUGCUCUCACACAACCCAUCGCUCUUAACCUCAGACAAUUGAAAGCAGGGGCCAAGCUUGCAUCAUGCCUGGCAGAGUGCCCACAGGGCCUCACAGCGCUGCUGCACGAAGGUGCCCUGGGUGUGCUACUGGAGCUGCUCCACGCAGACCACGUCUCCUCCACACUAAAGUUGUGUUUCCUGAGAGCUCUGGAUGCUCUGACGGGUGCUCCUACCGGGGUGGAGGCUUUCCUCCACACUGGAGAGUCGGACAAGAGUGGUUAUCAGCAUCUAGUCCAGCUGUUCCUGCACGAAGAAACAGUGAGGGUCAUAACUGCGGGCAACGCCAUACUACAGAAAAGUCACAUGUAUGAGGUACUGGUCGACCUACAGCACACAGCAGGAGCAUGGAGUGAAACGCAGCAGGAGGAAAUGGAGGAUGCCGACAGCCCCAUGGAGGAGGAACCAUCUUUAAGCUCCUCCCCAGUGAGCGAAGCAGAGCUUGACAGGUUGGCGGGGCUUUUGGAAGAGUUACAUCACCUGCUCGAUACGGCCCCUCACUGCAUGGUGCAGCCACCUGGGAAAGCAUUCCCAACCUCUGCAAGAAUAACAGGACCGCAGGAGAGAGACGAUCCAUAUCCAACGCUGUAUAGGUAUAUGAAUGCGUGCCAUUUCUUGGAGAGCACGACAGUGGUGUUGUCUGCAGCCGCAGCAGCUGGGCACGUCGGUGUCACCCAAGCAAUUAGAGAGCUACUGCGCUUUCUGUCGCUCACCCAGUCAGGUCUGCUCUUCCUUCUCGCCCAGCCCACUCCCACCAACCUGCUCCUGCGUCUUCUGGCAUCGAUGGCAGAGGCAGAAGGCGAGGAGAGCACGUUUAGCGGAGGAGAGGGAGCACUCACCGGGCCCAGCUUCGGCGAGGAGGGCUUUGGCGUGUGGUUAAUGCAGGCGCUGCAUGCUCUGCAAGGUGUGUCAGAACUCAUGUGCCACGUGGCCACAGGGGGGGACGGGGGAGCUGGGCUGGAGGAAGGUGACAACGCAGAAGUACUGGGCUUGCUUCAUGCCCUCUAUCUGAUGACCUUCACUCAGACUGGUCGCAGUGCCGUGGCCCACGUUUGUAGCCUGGACAACAACCUUUCUUGUCUGGUCACACUGCUCCAGCACCACAGCAAAGAUGGACAAGGGGAGGCGAAGUCUCGGAAAGCAGUAACAUAUAAUUAUGCCUGCAUGCUUGUGCUACUUGUGGUGCAGAGCUCUAAUGAAUUGCGGAUGAUGGAACAAUUUGCUUCUCCACUACUCGCCUUAGCCAAGGCUGACGACACCAAUGCCAAAUUACAAGAACUCAGUAAAUGGUUGGAGCCUCUGGAGAAGCUUCGCUUUGAUAUUGCCAGCAUUCCCACCCUUCUAGACUACAUCAAACAGAAUGUGGAAAACGUGUUGACUGCCGAGGGAACUGGACUGGUCGCUGCGCUCAGGGUCCUCUGUCACAUUGCCUGCCCCCCUCCUGCUGUAGAGGGCCAGCAAAGGGAUCUCAAGUGGAGUCUUGCAGGGGUCCAGCUGUUCUCAGGCGAGGGUCUGGACACAUGUGUGCGUGUCCUGCAGAAGCUGUGCAGCGUGCUGCUGCAGCCAUGGCGUGUGCACGGACACAUGGGCCCCACGCCGCAGCGCUGCAUGAUCCUCAGCAUAUGUAUGAGCACGCUCAGGUUGUUGCGCACCAUGUUGACGGAGCUGCUCCGUGGGGGAGCGUUUCAGUUCCGGGACACUCGUGUGGCCAGUGUGUUGGUGUCGCUCCACAUGAUUGUUUGCUCCAUCCCUGCAUCUGGACGUCUGGACGGGGAGGAGACCAGAGUUCAGGCUUUUAUUGUUGAUGUGCUGCUGACCUUCACGCAGGGUGUCAAUGAACAGGUGACUCAUACAGAAGAGAGUCUGGCCAGUAACACAUGGUCGCUGAUGCUAAAAGAGGUGUUGGGCUCGCUGCUGAAAACCCCUGAAGGUCUGUUCUCUGGCCUGACUCUGCUCUCCGAGCUCCUGCCUCUCCCACUGCCAAUGCAGAGCACUCAGGUGAUAUCAGUCCAAGAUGUGGCUGUAGCCUUAAACACAAGGAAGCUGUGGAGCAUGCACAUACGGGCGCAGUGGAAAAUGUGUUCUGAGGCGCUGAAGUGUGUGUGUGCAACCACCUGCCCUCCUCUCUUAGCCAUGCUGAGGAGAGUGAGUGUUCAACUGGCAGACCUGUCUUCACCCACUGCAACGCUCAUCGUCAAGAUCCUGGUGGAGCUGCUGCUGGAGGAGCUGCAGCCGGUGGAGGGGAAAGGUGUGUGCUGGGGCCAGGCCCUGCGUCUGCUUUCGUUGAUGGAUACCUUGGUGUCACAGAGAGCGUGUAAGAGCGCAGCGUUACACCUCCUCUCCGGGUCCGUCUCUGAAAAUGAACAGUUGGCGGAGCUGUUCCCCAUGCUUCUGUCCCUGCUGGUUCCUCCAACUGACCACUGCUUACAACAGCAGCAAUGUAGCGAACUAGUCGGGACAAUAUUACAGUCACUGUGUGACCAGGACAUUUCGUUAGUGGUGUCUCCACCUGGUGAAAGCUGCGUGUCCGAGGUUGAGCAGCUGGCCAAUGCACUUCCAGGACGAGAGAUGAUGUCAUCAGUGUGCAAUGUCUUGUUGGAGGUUUUGGGGAAUGCAGAUAGCAGCGUCCCACUCCUCCUCACCUGUAUCAGGACAUUGGCAUUCCUCACAGAGAAUGAAUACGGACUCUACCACUUCAAAGUUGCUCUGAAGAAACAUGGCGCGGGUCUCUGCUCGCUCUUAAAGAGGCUGGUGCUUUCAUUUAACAAGGACUCGGCAGAUCUGCUCUCAGCUCUGCUCGACUUCCUCCGACAGAUUCUCAACACAGAAACAAUGUGUGUUGAGGAGAGUCAGGGGUCCGGCGAAGAGUCGUCCUUCUCUUCUGCUCCACGGUUUCUGUCGGGCUCUGAGAUGAAAGCUCUGCUGCAGUGGGAGGAGUCCGAGUCACAUCCACUCUCAACUUUAGAGAAACAGAUUACGAAAAUAUGUAAAGAAGAUGAAUCACUGGAGGCCAUGUUGGAAAAUGUGAUUGUUCUGAGGCAAACGCUGGAGGCGGCCACUGACACUCCUCCAGCAGCUGAUACUGAGCCCACUCUGCCGGCACACGAGACACUCGGGACUCAGUUUAACCACAGGACCGUGUUUAUUCUGUCAGAAGCUCUCGACGAGCAGCUGAAGGCUCUGUGGUUUUCUCCCUUCCAAACUGAUGACAUAGAAACAGAAAUUGAUACGGUGAAGGUGGAUCUGGUGGGUCUGGCUCAGGAGUGUUGUCCAGAACUGGACUUGAAGGCAGAGCUGGAGCGCUCCUUCCUAUCUGAGCCCUCAUCUCCGAGUCACUCCAAGGCUCCUAAAGGCUUCAGACUGGGCAAACACAAGCAUGAGACUUUCAUCACGUCAAGCGGUAAAUCCGAUUAUGUUGAGCCUGCUAAGAGAGCCCACAUCAUGGCCGCUCCGCGUGGCCGUGGAGGUCGAGGAGGGUUUGGACAGAAUCUCUGCCGGCCCCACGAUAUCUUCCGCCAGCGCAAACAGAACACUUCAAGACCCCCCAGUAUGCACGUGGAUGACUUUGUGGCAGCAGAGUUUAAGGACAUCACGACCCCUCUUGGGCUUUUGCCCCCUAAAAGGCUUCCAAAGAGCUCACCCAAACCCCCCACCAGAGGACUAUUCACCGGCAACAGAGGCAGAGCCACCUUCCACAGCCAGACUCGCUUUUUUACUCCACCACAACCCAAAGGUGUUCUCCUGUCUGGUAAUUACACGAGAAGAGAAGGAGGCAGAGGAUCGUCAUGGAGCGGCCAGGUUCCAGCUGUCACUCACAGAGGAACCUACAGUGAACCUCGGGGAGGCCAGGGCAAUUUCACGCGCGGACCGCUGCCUUCCAGACAACCCCCAGCAAGUGCAUAUCGCCUGGCUCCUCGGGACCGAGUGCCGCGGGGCAGAGGAGGCACCGGGCUGUCGUGGCUCAGUGGGGGCGGAGGUGGCGGCGGUGUUGGAGGAGGAGGCGGUGGGGGAGGUGGAGGAGGGAGGGGCUCUCAGGGGAGCAAGUUUAGCGGCGGAGGAGGGAGCGGAGGUGGGAGGGGCAGACAUGUUCGCUCCUUCACCAGGUAAAUCCACCUGGGCAAUGACUGCAGCCUUUCAUGGCAACAAAUGGACCAAUAAGGAUAACUUGUAUACUGUCUCCAUGGAAACGUGGUGUGAUGAUGUUGUCACAAUGACGUACAGAUGUGUUGAUGUUUUAUGUUUUGUUAUCAGGAGUUGUAUUCAGAGAAUAAAGGUGAUAGUAAUUGAGAUUUUA